GGAUCUUAACGCAAUAUCACUAGGAUAAUAUCCAAGGAUUAAGAGAUUAUCGGCAGUACUCAAAAACAAAUAUAACAAAUUCGUAAAAUGUUCGCGAAAUCUGUACUAAGCAUUUGUGUAAUUGUGGGCCUUGUUGCAGUUAGCCGCAGCAAUCCCGUUGAUAACAAUGGCAAGUAUGAGGUUACCCCGAACGAUGGCAGAUACCGUGCCCAAGAUGAUGGACGAUACCAUCCCAGUUCAGCUGAUGAAGGCAGAGGUGGCUAUCAGGAUUCUUUAGGUCGUUAUCAGCACAUGCCACAACCAUACAAUCAUGUGAACGAUCAUCGUGAGCUUGGAGUCUAUCAUCAUAUACACAAUCCCUACGGUGGUGGUUAUGGGCCAUAUGCUGGUCUCAAUUUGCCCUACGUCCAUGAUGCCAGACCCUACAACCACGACCUGUACACAUCGACAACAACAACCACAACGAAGAAGCCAACCACAACCACACCACGUACCACAACAACAACGACAACCACAACGACAACGGCACGGCCCAUUCUAUUCAACUAUGAUGACGAAGGACGCCAUAAGAUUCUGCACCAGGAAGAGAUCCGCAAGAAGGACAAAUACGAUCAUGCUUUCUUGACUGAGAACGGCAUAUAUGGAGAGGAGCAAGCGAAGCUGCAUCAUGAAGGCGGCACCCAUGCUAAGGGCUACUACGAAUAUACCGGCGAUGAUGGCAAACUUUAUCGCGUAAAUUAUGCCUCGAAUGAUGGCGGAUUCAUGCCUGAGGGUGAGCACAUACCGACACCACCACCAAUUCCCGAAGCCAUUGCUCGUGCUCUCAAAUAUGUGGAGGAGCAGCACAAGGCGAAUGGCAAUAAGCCGUUGUACGAUCAUCGUGGAUUCCGUAUCAAUCACAUGACCAAAGAAAUCAAGGCACAAAUCAAGUCCAUCCAUUUGGAACAAAUGCCCAAGGAGCUGAGCGAUCAAAUCCGCAUGCUGGAACACGAGGUCGAGUUGGCCGAAGAAGAGGAAGCUCGCGAAAUGGAGGAGGUACUUAGACAUAACGCCAUUCAGCUCUAA